AUAGAACUACACUUAUGAAAGUUCCGCGUAUGAAAAGUCAAAAAAGACAUUAACGUUGACCAAACAAAAAAAAGAAAGAAGAGGAAGACAUUAACGAAGACUUCGUCGCCGACGACUUUCUGGAUUUAUCGUUGUUGUUGUUAAUGUUUACCUCUUCCGAUUUGAAGCAAAUUAGGGUUUAUUUCCAUCCAAAAUCUCCUUUUCUCAUGCUCAAUGAUCAAUUUCCCCCCAUUUCAAAGUUAUCUCUCUCAUCUCCAAUUUUGAAUUUUCUCCCGAUUUGUCUGGCUUUCUCCAUUGCUGAUUUUUCAAAGUUUUCUUCUCCAUUCGUCGUAUUUCUGGGACCGUUCUUCCCUAUACUCGCCAUCGUCAAUUCGACUUUGUGAGUCUCCCUCUGCGGGAGUUCAUCAGCGUCGGCGAGAUGAAGCUUCAGGUCCGAGUCGUGGAAGCGAGGAAUCUACCGGCUAUGGAUCUCAAUGGGUUUAGCGACCCUUACGUUAGAUUGCAGCUGGGAAAGCAAAGGUCACGGACCAAAGUAGUGAAGAAGAACUUGAACCCCAAAUGGACUGAAGAUUUCAGUUUUGGCGUCGACGAUUUGAACGACGAACUCGUCGUCUCUGUUCUUGAUGAAGAUAAAUACUUCAACGAUGACUUCGUUGGGCAGGUUAGAGUUUCUGUUUCCCUUGUUUUCGAUGCAGAGAAUCAAUCUCUUGGCACUGUUUGGUAUCCUCUUAAUCCAAAGAAGAAAGGUUCCAAAAAGGAUUGUGGUGAGAUACUUUUGAAGAUAUGUUUCAGUCAGAAGAACUCGGUUCUUGAUUUGACUUCUAGUGGGGAUCAAACCUCUGCUUCGAGGAGUCCUGACUUGAGACUAGAAUCACCUAUUGAUCCCUCUACUUGUGCCUCUCCUUCUAGAUCAGAUGAUGCUUCAUCUAUCCCCCAGACAACCUUUGCGGGUCGAUUCACUCAGAUUUUUCAGAAGAAUGCUAUCACCGCUACACCUACACAAUCCAGUAGUAGGAGCAUUGAUGCAUCUGACCUAUCUGAGAUCUCCAAACCUGUCUUUUCCCUUGAGCUGUCUGAAGAUGAAUCAUCUUCUACUUCCUUUGAGGAAUUAUUGAAGGCAAUGGAGUCGAAAGAUCAGGGUAGUGAACCUCCUAGUAAUCUAUCAGGAGGUGUCGUUGUGGACCAGUUAUUUAUGAUUUCCCCAUCAGAUCUUAACAUUGUGCUUUUCGCAUCGGAUUCAAGUUUCUAUGCAUCAUUGACUGAACUGCAAGGGACCACGGAAGUUCAAAUUGGACCAUGGAAAGCAGAAAAUGAUGGCGAGAGUGUUAAGCGUGUUGUAAGUUACCUCAAGGCUGCAACCAAACUUAUUAAGGCUGUCAAAGGCACAGAGGAGCAGACAUAUCUCAAAGCGGACGGAGAGGUUUACGCAGUUUUAGCAAGUGUUGCCACUCCAGAUGUCCCAUUCGGAGGUACCUUCAAAGUUGAAGUGCUUUACUGCAUCUCUCCUGGGCCUGAGCUGCCAUCUGGUGAGCAGUGUUCACGUUUGGUAGUUUCAUGGAGAUUGAAUUUUCUUCAGAGCACCAUGAUGAGAGGUAUGAUAGAGAAUGGAGCUCGACAAGGUCUAAAAGACAACUUCGAACAGUAUGCCAAUUUGUUGGCUCAAAGUGUAAAGCCUGUAGAUUCUAAGGAUAUUGGGCUGAACAAGGAGCAAGCUCUCUCUUCCUUGCAAGCUGAGCCUCAAUCAGACUGGAAAUUGGCUGUACAGUAUUUUGCCAAUUUCACCGUGUUAUCCACUUUCUUGAUUGGUAUUUAUGUAUUUGUCCACAUUGUGUUUGCCAUACCCAGUGCAAUCCAAGGGCUUGAGUUUAAUGGCCUUGAUUUACCGGAUUCAAUUGGGGAGUUUGUUGUUAGUGGGGUUCUCGUUCUUCAAUGUGAAAGAGUAUUGCAACUGAUUUCCCGUUUCAUGCAGGCAAGAAAACAGAAAGGCAGUGAUCAUGGCAUCAAAGCGCAUGGAGAUGGUUGGUUGCUAACUGUUGCUCUAAUUGAGGGGGUCGAUCUAGCAGCUGUAGAUCCAAGCGGGCAUUGUGAUCCGUAUAUUGUAUUUACUUCCAAUGGGAAGACAAGAACCAGCUCCAUCAAGUUCCAGAAAUCUAAUCCUCAGUGGAACGAAAUAUUUGAAUUCGAUGCAAUGGCUGAUCCUCCUUCUGUACUGAAUGUUGAAGUUUUUGAUUUCGAUGGACCUUUUGACGAGGCUGUUUCAUUGGGGCAUGCUGAAGUCAACUUUGUGAGAUCUAAUAUAUCUGAUUUAGCGGAUGUUUGGGUUCCACUUCAAGGGAAACUAGCUCAGGCUUGUCAAUCCAAACUUCACUUGAGGAUUUUCUUGGAUCAUACAGGAGGUGGAGAUGUUGUCAGAGACUAUUUAAAUAAGAUGGAGAAAGAGGUGGGCAAGAAGAUUAAUGUGCGGUCUCCUCAAACAAAUUCAGCUUUUCAGAAGCUCUUUGGUCUCCCACAAGAAGAAUUUCUAAUCAAUGACUUUACAUGUCACUUAAAGCGGAAAAUGCCUUUGCAGGGUCGUCUUUUCCUGUCUGCAAGAAUUGUUGGCUUUUAUGCAAGCAUUUUUGGUAACAAAACAAAAUUCUUUUUCCUGUGGGAAGAUAUAGAGGAAAUUCAAGUGCUUCCUCCCACUCUUGCCUCAAUGGGGAGUCCCAUUGUCGUCAUGACUCUCAGACCAAAUAGAGGACUGGACGCGAGGAUAGGUGCAAAGACACAUGAUGAGGAAGGCAGGCUUAAGUUCCAUUUCCACUCAUUUGUGUCUUUCAAUGUGGCACAAAAGUAAGUGAUGAGUCUUUCCAAUGUUUUAUUUGCUAUUUGUGUGCUUGCUCCUAUCAACGUCCUACUAAGAAUUUAUGUACCCCAAUCAAUAUUGCUUAGUUUAAUUUGGAUAUGCCAUUUUCUCAUCUGAAUCUGAAAAUUGGUUCAUUCCUGUAGUAUCAACUGCUUUUGUUAGAUGAAUUUAGACUUGGAUGCCUCUUGACUAACUAUCAAGAGUUACAUACACCCUUAGUAGAAAUGAACAUUUGUUACGAUAAUAUCUAUAUAGACUUUUUGUACUUGUUUUUGCGUUUAUAGGACAAUAAUGGCUCUGUGGAAAGCAAAAUCUUUGACUCCAGAGCAGAAAGUGCAAGCUGUUGAAGAGGAAUCAGAGCAGAAACUCCAAAGUGAAGAGAGUGGUCUGUUCUUGGGUGUUGAUGAUGUGCGAUUCUCUGAGGUUUUCUCUUUGACUCUCCCUGUCCCGGUAAGUUUCUUUAUGGAGUUGUUUGGUGGAGGUGAAGUGGAUCGUAAGGCUAUGGAGAGAGCGGGUUGCCAGAGCUAUUCAUGCAGUCCAUGGGAGUCAGAGAAGGAUGAUGUGUAUGAGAGGCAGACAUACUACAGAGAUAAGCGGAUAUCACGUUACAGAGGAGAAGUAACAAGUACACAGCAAAAGUCCCUAGUGCCAGAGAAGAAUGGGUGGCUUGUCGAAGAGGUCAUGACCCUCCAUGGAGUUCCACUGGGUGACUAUUUUAAUCUCCAUCUAAGAUACCAAAUGGAAGAAUCAACUUCAAAACCAAAGACGACAUAUGUGCGAGUAUACUUUGGGAUUGAAUGGCUAAAGAGCACUAGACAUCAGAAAAGGGUGACGAAAAACAUCCUAGUAAAUCUGCAAGAUCGUCUGAAGAUGACAUUUGGAUUCUUGGAAAAGGAAUAUAGCAGCAGACAACAGCAACAACAAGUAACAUAAUAUACAUACAUACAUAGCCUUUGGUCUAAAAAUGGAGGGCUCGAAGCAACUCGUUCCAGCUUGAAAAACGGAGGUUUGCUCUUGUAUGUAUGCACACAAGUAGUCAUGUGAAGACGAGAGAGUGUGAAUGGAGGUUUGCUCUGCUAGUGCAACUUUGUUGAUUCUUUAUUUUUAUCUGCAUUCACUGCUUCUUUAUUGUAUGAUUUGUCUGUAGUGAAAGGAGCAGAGUUUUGUGAUUAUGUUAAUAUGCUCUGCUACUGCCUAAAACUCUUAUAGAAACUGAUGAUGCUCUCUAGCAUUCUUAUAAAAUUGCUAGAUGAGAGACAUUGGUUUUGUUGAUGAAAGAAACUACUUGUUUUAGAUUUAUUUCUAAAUGUUUUUCUUCAUUUAUCAUGAACAACACCAUAAAUUGACA